AUGCGUGAAAAAAAAGAACUUGAAAAAGUAAAAAAUAAUCCUAAGCAGUGUAAACUUAAUUUUAACCUAACAAUAGAAAAACCACAAAAUGUUUCUGUUUCUCCAACUACUAACUUAAGUACUUCCGAGUCAUCUUCAAAAUCGCUCCCCUAUUCUGAAACUAAACCUUCAUCAAAAUUAUUACCACAUAUUACUACGUUAGAAUCAAAUUCAAAAAGUAACUCAACUUUUAUUUCGUCGCCAGCAAAGAUGUUACCGCCUCAAAUUGACACAUUAGAGCCAUUGCCUAAAAUAAAAGCAUUUGAUAUAACUUUUCAUGUAGAGUCAACAAUAUUAACAGAAUCCACCACAGCAGUUCCAAUUUCAAAUUCUUCUACUUUAAAUUCACUUACGAAAAUACCUUCAACAACUAGUGUACUUCAGGAUAUAUCUCCUGAAAAAAUAUUAAGAUCUACUGUAAGCUCUACAAAAUUAAUAAUUCCGAUAAAUUUGAACUUGCUUCCUUCACUAACACAAGUCAGCGAUUUCAAAAAUCAAAGAGAACCAAAUAAUGAUAAAAAUAGUAGUUCAUUAUCAGCAGAUAGUCUUUUUAUAGCGCCAUCAAAUACUAAUACUAUUCAAUAUAAACUAGCAUUUUUAAGAAAUCAUCCAAUUCAACCAUCCAAUAAUACACAUAAACUACCAUUUGACGCAUUUAGAGUAUACAACAGACAAUUUCACAAUUUUCACCAUGAUAAACCAGAAAUAGAAACAAAAAAACGAAAUUGGCUAUCAUAUAAUUUAGCUAAUCAACAUUUUUACUGUUGUAUAUGCAUGGCGUUUUCUUCAGAUCAAUCCAGUGCAUGGGUCAAAGGAGUGUACUGUAAUAUUAAAAAUGUUUAUGAAAAAAUAAGCAAACAUGAAAAUUCAUGUACACACGACAUUCCAGUACAAACUUAUAUACAAGCGUCGUCAAAAACUGGUAUUCAAGAUUUACUAAAUACCGAGAGGCGUACAAAUGUGGCAAAAAAUCAGGAAAUAGUCAAAAGAGUAAUUGAUGUAAUUUUAUUUUUAGCAAAACAAAGCCUUGCUUUUCGAGGAAAACGAAAUGAAAGUUCCUUAAAUUUUAACAUGGAACAUUUAAAAGAUUUAGACAUUACAACAGGAAUAAACAUUAAUAGAGGGAAUUUUAUUGAACUUAUAAGAUUAUUAUCAAAAUACGACCCUGUCUUACAAAAUCACCUGGAAAGUGCUGAGAAAAAAAGUAAAAAACAGAAAUUAGAAAACAAUUUUAAAACUGGAAGAGGAAGUCGCAUAACGUUUUUAUCAAAAAAUACAGUAAAUAAAUUACUUUUACUAAUGAGUUCAAAAGUGAAAGAAACCAUUUCGACUCAACUAUCUUCAGUGAAACAUUUUUCUCUGGAAAUUGAUUCUACUCAAGAUGUAGCAGUGAUAGAUCAGUUAUGUAUUUGUUUGAGGUAUGUAUUUAACGGUAAAGCUGAGGAACGUGUUUUAGCAUUAAUACCACUAGAUUCAGGAACAGGUGUUCACCAAUUCACAAAAGUAAAGGAAGUGUUAGUAAAUAAUAAUAUUGAUAUUCAACAUUUAAUAAGUGUAUCAUUUGAUGGAGCGGCUAAUAUGAGUGGCCACUAUAAUGGCGUUAGAGCAUUUAUCCAAGAAGAAAUCCCACAAACAGUAUACACACAUUGUCAUGCACAUGCUUUAAAUUUGGUGAUAUCAGAUGCUUCUAAAUGCUGUAUCCAAGUACAAGAUCUAUUUUCCCUUUUAAAACUUACUACUGCAUUCAUAAGCCAGUCAUAUAAAAGAACAAAUUUAUGGAAAGGAUUGUUAUCUACUAAAAUUGGACCAGAAAGACUUCGAAAAUUGCAGAAAGUUGGAGAUACCCGUUGGAAUAGUAAAGAUGCAGCUUUACAAGCAAUAUUCCAUGGUUUUUAUGAAGAUCACAAUAAAAGAGACAGAUUUGCCAUACUUCUUGAAGUUUUACACACACUGGGUUAUGAUACUUCAACUGACAGUGAUAGUCGAUCGGAAGCCCGAGAUUUGCUAGUUAAAUGGUGUUCUUUUGAAACUAUUAUGACAGUUUGGAUAUUCCUGAAUAUAUUCUGUAUUACAACGCCAAUUUCCAAGUAUCUUCAGUCAAAAGGUUUAAAUUAUUUGUAA